AUGCUCUCCGUCGCUAAACGUCUCGGCUCCAUCUCACCAUCCCUCCACAACGGCGCUCCCCUUCUCCAAUUCUUCAGAACGGAGGCAGGUCAGCCGAGACGGCGAAACAAAUCCCCCUCCCUCCCUCUCAAAAAGAAGGAAGAGAAGUCUGAGUGGUGGAUCGUCGACGGAGAGAUGCACGAGAUCGGCGAUCACGUCCCUCUCCGCGAGCGAUUCACUAUCCCCAGAGACAAUAUCCCCAACAGGCGACGCAAGCAGCUCCGCGAGCAGUUCAUGCGCCGCACUCGCCUCGUUCUUAAAGAAUCGGAGCAUGAGCCAUGGUGCAAGAAGUAUAUGGAAUUGUAUAAUGAGCUUAGGGAGAAUUGGGAGAGGCUUUAUUGGGAUGAAGGAUACUCUAAGAAGAUUGCGAGAGAUCAUGCGAAUUACGAGUCUGCUGAGGAAGAUGAUGAAGAUUUUAAUCCAUACAGGACUAGGCGGCCUUAUAAUGAUCAAACGAAGGAGCAGGGGUUUGGUAAUAGAACAACACAACAAGGGGAUGGUAACUGGGACAAAGUCAAUCAAAUCCGGGACAAGUUUGAGUAUGACAGAGAAAGGAGAAUGAGAGAAAAAGCCUUUGCACCAAUGAAUGCUGCACCGGAAGCUAGAGACUCGAAUUGGAAUGCACAGAGGCAGCCAUUUGAUGCUGAGAGAUAUACUCGGGAUUGA